AUGGCAGGGCAAUCUUGGGUGCACCAACUCGGUUUACCCUACCCGUCAUCUGUUCGGUUUCCGUUCCCCUCCUCACCUGUCCUGUCCCCCAACCCCCUCCUCACAACUCUCCUCUCCCUCUGGCUUUGCUGCAUCACUCCUCCAGCCGUGGCAUGUGCAGAGAGGGGCCUUAAAGCCCACCUCGUGCUCAGGGGAGAGCCGCCCAAAGUUCCUACCGGGAACGCCCUUGUUUCGCACAUUUUCAUCUGCCCGAGAUAUGUUUCUCGGGCAGAAUACGCGGACCGGGAGAAGGCGCUUCUUUCUCGGGCAGUAGCGGUGGCUGGGGAAGAGGGGACGGUCCAGUGGGGUGCUGGGCCUGCCAUGUCAUCCAUGACUAACGGCAUGUCAGCAGUUGGAGGGGCCACGUCAGCAGCUCAAUCUGCCACGUCAGGGUUGAGUGACACGUCAGCAGGGAUGUAUGAAUCAGUGGAGGGGCAUCCACGUGUGGCAAUCAUUCCUGAGGGCGGAUCCGAUGGACUGGCUCUGCUGGGCUUACUGCGGCUGGUGCACCUGCUGGCAGAGCGAGACAGGCAGCAAGAGCGAGACAGGGCAAACCCCAGCUGGGUUAAGCACCAUCCGGGGGACAGUCAGCAUGAGGCUGGGCAAGACGACAGGCGAGUCGAGCAGCGGAGGCGAGUGGUGGUGGUGGACAGUGGCACGGGCACCACUGCUGUUGGCUGUGCACUCGCUGUGCAUAUGCUGGGCCUGCCCUGGCUCGUGGUGGGUGUAACACUGGCCGGUACCCAUGCCUUACCUGUCCCGCUGCGUCCCACCUUGCCAUCCCCCCUGCCCCUCGCCAGCCUGCCAUGGCUCGUGGUGGGGGUAACACUGGCAGGCACCACUGAUUACUACCACGCUCAGCAGCAGAAGCUGCUCAGAAGCUUCGCGGACCAGCUCCCCUCGAUGCUCUCUCAGUCAGAAGCGCCGGUCCCUGUGACCGACCGAGGCCAGGAGGAGGAGUUUGAUAGAACCUCAACAGACGCGGUAAAGGCAGCAGAAGCAGCAGAGGCAGCAGAAGAGGUGGAGCGAGCACAGCAGCAGCUGUCAGCGUGUGCUGGCGCGCUUCCCCUCGUGUGGGUGCCGCGGGAAACCCCCCGUCGAUUUGGCAAGGUCCUACCCGGGGAGAUCUCUCUGUGCUGCGAGUUCAUGCGGGCAACGGGCAUGCCCAUCGAUCCCAGCUACACCCUCCCUGCCUUCUUCCUUUUCCCCACUUCCCACGCAGCUUUGGCAAGCUUUGGCAAGGUUCUUCCAGGUGAAAUCUCCCAAUGCUGUGAGUUCAUGCGAGCAACAGGCAUCCCCAUCGAUCCCAUCUACACAGUAGCUGCUUGGGAGGUCGCACACGCUUUACCACGUGCCAUCACACUCACUCAGGCUCUAGGCCAGGCCAAUGGAGGAGAGACACGUGGGCAAGGACUGGCUGAUGAAGGGGACGCUGGAAAGCCUUCUGAGUCAUCUCAAGCGCAGCCCGAGGAGGAGCAGAAGCAGUGCUCCAGCAAUCAGGGUCGUUCUAAGCAGUUUGCUGAAACGCUUGCCCGGGCUAUGCUGCCGAAGCUGAGAGAUUGGUUCGGCAGCGGGCACGUGAUGGGAAACAGUGGAGAAAGGGAAAGGAGCGGUGCCAUCAGUACAAGUGACGUUCGUGCAAAUGCUACUGCUGCUGCUGAUGCCCAUGACAGUGGUACCAUCAGCAUCACUGUGCUGCACACGGGAGGGACCCUGGACAUGUUCGGGCUUGCACAACGAUUCCCAGACGAAUUCUCUCCUAAGGAUUGA